UGAAAUAUUACACAUAUUCCCAAUCUACUCAGGAACGUAUACAAACACUCGUGGUGGUUAGGGAAUGAUUUCCUUAUAUUUUUUUAAUUGAUAUCCGCUUUAAUUAAUUUUAAUAGUUGGCCAAGAUACUCUAUAUAUAUAACGCAUGUACUGCUGGUAAUUUAUGUAGACUAUUUUAGAUUACAUUAUUCAUAGUAAUUUGGAUUUUGUUUAAAACAGAUAAUAUUUAUCGCCGAAAUAAUACACAUCAUGGAACCGUGCCAUCUUGUCUCCGUUUUCGUAGAGGCUUUUUUGUUUACUACUGUUAUGGUAGAAGUAUCUUCCGAAAAGCUGUGCAUAAGAGAAGAUGACGAUUGUUGCUGGGUUCGGUCAACAAACGGCACAGAAAUUUGUAGCAAAUGUCUCAAAGGAUAUAUUGGGAAUAAAUGCGAGCUUCCCUGCCGAUAUCCAGGCUAUGGGAAAUUAUGCCAGCAAAGUUGUAACUGUGAGGAGAAGAAGUGUAAUCACAUCACAGGAUGUCAAGAUGGAUCUCAAACAAUUACACCAAACUCAAAAUUCGCUACGGAAAUCGACAGAUCUCUUCUUCAUAUAGAUGUAGCUACAAAAAAGAUAUCAUGCCCCGCCGGUUUCAUUGGAAAUAAUUGUCAAAUACCGUGUCGAUUUCCAGAAUAUGGUUAUUCGUGCCAAUCAAAAUGUGAAUGCGACCAGAUACAGCAAUGCGGGUCGCCUAAAUCCACGUCAAAUAUGCGACUUCAGAUUUAA